AUGGCGGGAAAGAAGCUGCUCCUUCUUGCCUGCGGCGCGCUGCUGCUGAGACACGCCUUGGAGGCGGUCUCGUUCGUCGGCCCGGUGCGGCAGCCAGCGAGGAUCAGCCUCCUCGCCCGCCCUGCUGAUGGCAGUGACGAUAAGGCGGCGCAGCCGCCCCAAUACAGCAGCAGGCGCUCCUUGGCUGGGGCCCUGCCCGUGGCGCUGGUGACGACCCUGCUGGUGUGGCAGAAGGGCGUGGCGCCGGCAUGGGCGCUGAUCAUGAACAAGCCCCCGAAGCCCGUCAUCGCCCAGGACAAGAACUGGCAGCAGGUGGACGUGGCGAGCUGGGUGAAGUCCGCCAAGGGCCAGCCGGAUUUGGUCCUCGGCCUUAGAGGCGAAGCCUACUUCCUCCUCCCCGGGAAGGAUGGGGGCGCCAUCCGGAACUUCGCGUUGAAAGCAGAGUGCACACAUCUGGGCUGUCUGGCCAGUUGGAACAGAGUCGGCAACAAGUUCGUGUGCCCCUGCCAUGGUUCCCAGUACGAUGAGAAUGGCUCCGUGCUGAAAGGGCCCGCUCCCAACAGCUUGGCCUUGGCGCACGUGGAGCUGACGGAAACACAGCAGGUCCGACUUGCACCCUGGACGGAGGAGGACUUCCGUGACGGCUCGAGCCCCUGGUGGUUUGCGUGA